AUGAUAAUGGUAAAAUUACUCUUUAUUGUACUAAUUGGUUUUUUAAACAUUUAUUAUGUUACUAAUCUAUCUUGUAUGAGUAAUGAUAUAUUUACAAUUUCACGAAACGAAAUUUUAUCAUCGAAUGGUUUGUUUACAUUAGAAAAAUUUUCAAAUAAAACAACAAAUUCAACUAUAAAAAAUAAUAUAUGUUAUGUUAAAAUAUUAAUUGAUUAUGAUCAAAUAGAUGGUUAUGUUACAAUUCAAUUCAAACAAAAUAUAAAUUAUACUGUUAAUAAAUUGACUUUUGAGACAUCAUUUUUAUUCAAUGAAUAUAAUGAUUCUAUCAUUAAUUCAAUUGAAUAUUCAUGUUCAUCAGAUGAUUUAUGUGAUAAGAAAUUUAUCAAUAGAUGGAUUCGUUGGAUAAUUGACAUUAAUUAUGUACAAUUGAAAAAUCAAUUUAUUAAUAUAACAACAUUUGAUAUUCAAUCAAAUCGAUGUUAUAUUGUUUCGGGAAAAAUUACCGAAUGUUCAAAUUUUAUGUGCUCUAAUAAUUAUAAAACAAUUUUAAAUUAUAAAGAUUGUUUAAGUAAUCAAUUAAUAAUAACAAAAUCACUUUAUAUUAAAAUGGAAAGUAUCGAUUUACAAAAUUUAAAAUAUGAAAAACUAGUAUAUAGUUGUAUGUCUGAAAAAUGUCUGAAUGAAAGGAUAUUUAAUUAUAUUUGGGAAAAAAGUUUAUUUUUAUUUCAUGGUACCAAUUUUAUAGUUAGUUCAAUUGAUUCUACAAAUCGAGUGAACAGCCUCCUUGCUUCUUCAUCAAAAAAUCAUCUAAUUUCAAUGAAAGGUCAAUCAAAUAAUUAUAUCAUAGCCUAUAUUCAAAAUUAUUCAACAAAUCCAAUUGUGCUUAUUUGUUUUUUUACUAUGGUUCUGUUUAUAAUUUGCUGCUGUUGGUGUUGUAGUUGUUUAUGUUCAACAACAUCGAAACAAUGUUUAGAAACAGUAGAAAAAUCAUAA